UUCAAAAUUCAAAAUUUUCAAUCAGUUUCUAAAAAACUAUUUAGCAAAGAAAAUUUAGUGGUCAAUUAUUGAGAAAAAUAUAUUUUAUAAUAUUGCGUAUUAAACAAACAAUAUUAUACAAAUAUAUAUUUUUUAAAUAAAAUAAAUCAACUAAAAUGGGUUGCUGUGGAAAAUCAGAAGAAGACACUGAGGCUUGUGUACGGGCAGAGAAUCCUGCAAUGGAGGAGCUGUGUAAAAAAGAACAGGCCAAAAGUAAGAAUAUGCCCUACAUGUGGCAUCCAACAGUAAGCAAUAUGCAACAAAUAGCCUAUGUAAGACGCUUGGAACGACAGCACGAAGCUCUGCAAACUUCCUAUUUCAAUCUUAGUUCGCAAAUGGCUCGCUUACAGUUUCGCAUUAGACAGAUUAUACAGGCUGCUCCUUGUGAUCGUGCCAAAUUGAUAGAUGAUCUAGAGCGUGUGGUUUUCCAAGAAGUUGAUAUUGCAGGCCAGAGAAACGCACAAGAGUUGCCGUCCUUGGAGCAGCAUAAUUUGGAAAUGGGAGACAUUAAGAAGAAACAACAUAUGUUGAUAAAAAAUUUACGCCAACAAAUUGGUAGCUUUCAACAAGCCAGCGAUAGCUUAGCUACUGAAUAUCAAUAUCACGAUCAAGAAAAGGGAAAAGAGCGAACGAGUUCUCAAAAGUCAUUAACAAAGAAACCAUCUAAAGUUAUUUCAGCCAAACCAUCGGAAACAAAAUCAAGAAAAUCGGGUGGUUCAGAAUAUUUUAUGAAUUCAGCCUCUGGAUCAACAGAGACCUGUAGCAGUGUUGGUCGGCCGUAUGUGAGUGAGGUGAGAUCAACAUCUUUCAAAGAGCUUAGAGAUAUGUAUCAAAAAGGCUGCACUAAAAGUGCUUAGGAGAUGGAAUGCAGCUAGAAUUUACUAGAGUUUUUAUUGGUUUAAAUAUAACAUGAUUUUGCUCCAUUUUUUGUUAUAUUUUAACCAGUUGAACUCUUGGAAACCUUCACAUAAAUAUGGCUACAUUACAUUUUUGUAAAACACAAUAUUUUGAAAUGAAUAAAGAAAGGUUUUUGAAUAAAUAA